UUUGGGAACUGUGCGUCGCCUUGUAAGCUGUGGCGUUGUAUGUUCAUUGCCUUAGCUUUGUUAAAAAAAAAAGUGCUUGACAUCUGGCGUAGCUCGUUCGACUGAAUACAACUAGGGACGUCUUGGAAUUGUGUUCUAAUGCAUUGCUACAACGCCCCGAGAUCUGAGAACUUUUAAAACAUGUCAGGGCAGAACAUUCGAGGGAGAGAGUUGAGUGAGUACACGUGUAGGCUAAGAAAUCAAUACGAUUUUAUUAAUUUAACACAUUAGAUAUGUGAUUAGACAGUGUUUUGUAUAUGUUGGUAAACUGUUAUUCCCCGCCAGGUUGGAACAAAUUUGCGAUUACAUCAUGGUGAAAGUAUUGCCAGGGAGAGUAUUAUCGCUGUGGUAAAACAGAUUGAGAGGGUUUGUGUACAGUGUGGUUGAGUAGGGGGAAAGCAAUCAUGUUCAGCUUAGUGUAGAGAAAGAAAUCGCUGCAAUCUAUUUUCCAUAACAAUCUCCUGUUAAAUUAGCUCAUAGCCUUGUCAUUAUGGAUCUACUGACGAGUUUUGGUCGGGAUAUUCCAUGCAGUCCUCGAACAUUGAUUGGCACCAUACUCCGGCUUUGCAUAGCUGUGUGCAUACUGCCUCCCAUCUCCUCUGACAUGCUGUCAUACAAGAGAGGACGCAACUUCACCAUUCAAUCCUCCCAGCUGGUGUGCAGUUAUCCAGGCCCCCAGGGGCCUCCAGGUCAACCAGGGGCCUUUGGGCCUCCUGGCGUCAUGGGCAGGAUGGGCUCUCCAGGAAAGGAUGGCCAGGAUGGGAAGGAUGGGGAGAAGGGAGAGAAGGGGGAGACAGGAGAUGCUGGUCGACCUGGAAAUCCUGGAAAGCCUGGAACCAAAGGCCGUCUGGGGAUAGUGGGGAAAGCAGGACCCAGGGGCCUCAAAGGUGUGCGAGGGGCCCUGGGUCUGGCUGGUGUGAGAGGAGGCAAAGGGGACACUGGAGACCCAGGAGAAGCUGGAGCCAUGGGAGGGUGCAGCUGUGGAUCAAGGGGACGGUCUGCCUUCUCUGUUGCAGUAACAAAGAGUUACCCAAAGGAGCGCUUGCCCAUCCGGUUUAACCGCAUCCUGAUGAAUGAAGGGGGCCACUACAAUGCCAGCAGCGGCAAGUUUGUAUGUGCCAUUCCAGGUGUGUAUUACUUCACAUAUGACAUCAAUUUGGCCAACAAACACUUGGCAAUUGGAUUAGUACACAAUGGUCAAUAUAAAAUCAGGACCUUUGAUGCUAACACGGGCAAUAACGAUGUGGCAUCGGCGUCAACAAUUUUACGUCUGAAGAAGGAUGACCAAGUUUGGCUGCAAAUUUUCUACUCAGAACAGAAUGGUUUAUUUUUUGACCCAUACUGGACAGACAGUCUCUUCACGGGAUUUCUCAUUUACGCUGACCAGGACUUUGAUGUGGAGAGCCAAACAGCUGAUGAAGGAUCCAGAUGAUGUUGUGAAUGGCAUACUUUAGGAAAUGAUCAGUAGAGUGUAAUAUGCAGUAAAUGAAACUUUGCACUGUCAGUGUAUCAUACAACAACAGAUUUGCUUUUUGCUUACUAAAAAGUGUUGUGAUUUUAAUAGACCUACUUUUUAAUAAGUAUAAUCUUGUUAGGACUGGCAGCAUACAUUGCUGCAUCGUUAAAACACUUGCUAAUAGAAGUAUUAUUUUAUGUUGGACUAAAUGUCACUGCAGUAAUUACAUGAAGACAUGUCCCCAUAUUAUGUCCAAAUUUUAAAUAGCAUAAUCAUUCUUUUCACAAAUAACACUCUAUAAACAUGCCUGCUUAGAUAUUGUGUUUUUCUUGUCUAGGCUUAUGCUGUUAAUAUUUUGAAGCAGCCUAAUCAUUUUAAACAUCCUAUUGCAAGUCCAAAAGGCUGUUAGGCCUAUUGUAUUUUUGGACAAAUCACAAAAGCUGUGUCUGAGAAAAAAAGACGGACACAAUUAAUAAUUCUACAUACUGGAAACUAUAUUUCUGCCACAUUUGUUGCCACAUGGACUCUCUCUCCUCCCACUCCCCUGACUUUGUAAAGUAAAACUCUUAAUAGUUGAA